GAAUGAACACAACAUCAUCUUCAGCUACAAGUCCAGCAACAGGGGACGUGUGCAACCCCUACCCUUGUGGAACAAAUUUGGCUAAAUGUGUUGCUUUAAAUACCACUUACACCUGCCUGUGCCAGUAUGGAUUCUACCAUAGGAACAAGGAUUGUCACAGAGCGAAAAUAUUCCCAGGGGUCAUUACACUGAAAGAAUUUUACAGUAGUAGUGUUCAAAUUGUAAAUUCUGUGCAGUAUGAAGAGGUUUUCCGAAAUACAACGGAGUUUUUUGGGGAUGCCUUCAUCAAUUUAACAAGCUAUAGACAGACUGUCAUUGUGCAAAUUCAACCUUUAAAUGAAGGCAGAGCUUCUUUUUGGACGAGUGUUACAGUGAUGAACCUGUUUACGGAGAACUCAGAUGUAGACAAUAUGACAGUUAGUUCCGCAAUAAACAAAGCAGUGGGAACUUCGCCCUAUGUCGCUAACUACAGUGCUACAACCUAUUGUGCUGCUUUUAAUUGUGAUGCCAAAACCACAUACUGUGAAGAAGAUAUGUUUCCAAAAUGCACAUGCAAAACUAAUUUCUCAAAGACAGAAUGGGAUGAACGUUCUUGUUCAGAUUGCAGUAAAGACUGUUCUGCAGAAGAAAACAAGUACUGUGCAAAAGAAAAAGGGGUUCCAAUAUGCAAAUGCAUGCCUAACUUUGAAAAGAAGGAUGAACAAUGUGUAUUUUGUCCAGUGGGCUACUCUGGAGAAAACUGCAAGAACAAUAGUGAACUCAUCCUUAUAAUAGUGGGUACAGUGUUUGGAGCAAUUAUCCUGAGUUUAGUGAUAGCAGUCUCUAUUAUUUCAGUAAGAGCCAAACACAAACAAGAUCCAGAGAAGAAGAGCCUGAUAAAGUCAGGAUAUUCCAACUCAAAUACCUUUGAUGAUAGACAGACCAUGAUGUUCCCCAGAGUCCAGACCACUUCUGGCCAUGCAAACCCAGGAUAUCAGCCAAACAACCCAUAUGAGAUGCAUUUCCCAAAUAGAGGUCGUUUUCCACAGAGGGAUUAUGAUGAUUUGUAUGAAAUAUCACAGGAGCCUGAGGGCUUCAGGAUGAGGAGCAGAUACUAA